AUGUAUAGGAGGAGAAUGAGUACAAUAGAUAGUUCAUCACCAAGUGUAUCAUCACCUUCAAUAUUCACACCAACCAAACCAACCGCCCUUAGAGAUCAAUCGAUUGAUGAUAGCGGUAGUUUGGGAUCUUCUAAAAGUGAUUCAAGUUAUAAAGAUGGUAAUAGUAAUAAUAAAGAUAGAGACUCUAAAUUACAAAAUACAAGACAUAGAUUAGUUUAUGAAUAUCAAAAGUUACAAGAAUUAUCAAUUAAAGGAUUAUACGUAAUACCAUCAUUUACAUCGAUAUUUGAAUGGCAUUGCGUAUUAUUCAUUCGAAAUAGGGUAUAUAGAUCAUCUGUCAUUAGAUUUGUUAUUAUUAUCCCUGAUGAUUUCCCAGAGGAAUGUCCUGUAGUUAAAUUCCAAACACCUGUAUUUCAUCCAUUGAUUGGUAUGGAUGGAGAAUUUGAUCUUACUCAUCAUUUCCAUGAUUGGAAGCCAGAAAAGUAUAUGAUUGGUCAUAUCCUUUGUUAUAUCAAAAAUGUAUUCCACAAUCCAGAUAAAUACAACUAUCCUGCAUUAAAUCCAGAAGCCGAGAAAUUAUUAAAAGAAAAUUAUGAAGAAUAUCUUAGAAAGGUAUCACAUUUUGUUAAAUUAUCAAUUCAAAAUGUUUAUAAUAAUCCACAACAUACACCAAUUGUAUUUGCAGAAGAGUGGAAAGACAAGGAAAAAUUCGAAGCAACCAAAAGACAAAUACUUAAAAAAGAUUCACCAACCAUUGUCGAUAGUUUCAAAGCAUUCUUUACAAGAAAAUAA